UGCACCCACGCACCCCGGGAUGGCGCUCCGCGGGCCCCUUCGGCCGCGCAAAGUUCGCAAUAGGCGAGAGAUGCUGCCGCACCAAGUUGGCUUCGUUUGCGCCGUGCUGACCCUGGUGUGCUGUACGUCCAGCCUCUUCGGCAGCUUGGGCCACAAAACUGCUUCUUCUAGCAAACAUGCUCCACCAGACUCAUGGAGAAAUAGGAAGCUGAUGGCACCAAUGAACGGGACUCAGGCAACGAAGAACUGCACAGAUCCUGCAAUUCACGAGUUCCCCACAGACCUGUUCUCUAACAAGGAUCGACAGCAUGGGGCCGUCCUGCUUCACAUCCUCGGGGCUCUGUACAUGUUCUACGCCUUGGCCAUCGUGUGCGAUGACUUCUUUGUCCCAUCUCUGGAGAAGAUCUGCGAGAGACUCCAUCUGAGUGAAGAUGUAGCUGGUGCCACCUUCAUGGCUGCAGGCAGCUCCACGCCCGAGCUGUUCGCCUCCAUCAUUGGUGUGUUCAUCACCCAUGGAGACGUUGGGGUCGGGACCAUCGUGGGCUCUGCUGUGUUCAACAUCCUGUGUAUAAUCGGAGUCUGUGGCCUGUUUGCUGGACAGGUGGUACGUCUGACAUGGUGGGCUGUGUGCCGAGACUCUGUGUACUACACGCUGUCUGUCAUCGUACUCAUUGCGUUUAUAUAUGAUGAAGAGAUUGUGUGGUGGGAAGGCUUGGUGCUCAUCAUAUUGUACGUGUUCUAUAUUCUCAUCAUGAAGUACAACGUGAAGAUGCAAGCCUUUUUCACCAUCAAACAAAAGACCGUUGCAAAUGGCAGCACGGUCGACAACGAGCUGGAGGAUGUGAAGGAGAAGCCACAAUACGGCAAAACCCCCGUGGUAAUGGUGGACGAGGUCAUGAGUUCCAGCCCGCCCAAGUUCAACUUCCCAGAAGCAGGCUUACGCAUAAUGAUCACCAAUAAAUUUGGGCCCAGAACUCGACUACGGAUGGCCAGCAGGAUCAUAAUUAACGAGCGACAGAGACUGAUCAACUCAGCAAACAGCGUGAACAGCAAGCCGCUCCAAAACGGGAGGCAUGAGAACAUAGAGAAUGGGAACGUUCCCAUGGAAAACCCCGAAGACCCUCAGCAGAACCAGGAGCAGCAGCCGCCCCCACAGCCACCACCCCCAGAGCUGGAGCCGGUCGAGACUACCUUCCUGUCUCCUUUCUCCAUGCCCAAAGCAAAAGGGGACAAAGUCAAGUGGGUAUUCACCUGGCCGCUCAUCUUCCUCCUGUGCAUCACCAUCCCCAACUGCAGCAAGCCCUCCUGGGAGAAGUUCUUCAUGAUCACCUUCAUCACCGCCACGCUGUGGAUCGCUGUGUUCUCCUACCUGAUGGUGUGGCUGGUGACCAUUAUUGGAUACACACUUGGGAUUCCUGACGUCAUCAUGGGCAUUACCUUCCUGGCGGCAGGGACGAGCGUUCCAGACUGCAUGGCCAGUUUAAUCGUGGCAAGACAAGGCCUGGGAGACAUGGCAGUCUCUAAUACAAUAGGAAGCAACGUGUUUGACAUCCUCGUGGGACUCGGCAUACCGUGGGGCCUGCAGACCAUGGUUAUUAGUUAUGGGUCCACGGUGAAGAUCAACAGCCGGGGUCUGGUCUAUUCGGUGGUGCUCUUGCUGGGCUCGGUCGCGCUCACUGUCCUGGGCAUCCACCUUAACAAAUGGAGACUGGACCGGAAACUGGGCAUCUACGUCCUGGUUCUCUAUGUCAUCUUCCUGUGUUUCUCCAUAAUGAUAGAGUUCAACGUCUUCACCUUCGUCAACUUGCCCAUGUGCCGAGAAGACGACUAAGGCUGAGCCACUGCCCACGGGGAGUGUUCUCGAGACCCAGUGAUGUUGGUGCCCCCUUCUCUCUCUCCCUUCCCUACCACAAGUCUUUCCUGCAUCCGCAUUCUGUUCUUUCAUCCUCUGGAUGGAAGAGCCUUCAUGGUGCGGCUGUUGUCCGGUCUCGGGUGGACUGAUGGACAGCCUCCUCCUCCCCGGAGGAGUUCCACCCCCG